CCAUGUUCUCGUAUGGAAAAGAAAACGCUGUUCCGGUGACUCCGGUAGCUCAGAAACAUGAACGUGGAUUGGAAGAGUCUAAAAAUGCUCCUUUGACCUCAAAACACACUGCGAAUGGCACACCAGCGGGCAGGAACGCGCCAAGGACCGUUCUAGGGGGGAAAAGCACAAACAUUCGCAAAAUUUAUUCUGAGGGAGGUGAAGCUUUACCACCUUCUUUUGCUCCUUCUGCUCCUCCUCUCUUAAAACCUUCUCCAAUGGAUGUUUCUAUGGAUUCUCCUAGCGCUCUGCAGACUCCUUCUCCAACUGGAGACGAUUCCAUGGUUCAUGAACACUCUAAUCCUCCUUCCUUAAAAUCGAUCGCUGAGAAUGAAAACUUAACGUUCCUCAAUGAAGAUAUACGGCAGGAUACCACCCAUCAUCACUUUUCUCAUAUACCUUCUCCAGACAACGACGAGGCAGAUGACCUGGAAUACAUGCCUCCAACGGCUUCCACAGAUCCACUUAGUAAUCUAGGGUUCGAAGAUGUAUCCAUCGACUUUGAUCAGCUUGGCAAGUGUUGGACCACAGAACUCGCUCAAUCUGGCCAAACAAAAUUCGCCCAAGAACGUUCUGUAAGUCCUUCACGUACGAUUUCUUCUCCCCGCGCGCCUACCUUUCGGGUGUUUGAAGAAGCACCCUCAGUUACAAACAAUUGCAAGUUAGAUCUGCCCAAAGUCGCCGAUAGACAUACAGAUAAAAUCAACGAAAGAGUAGAUGAAAUUGAGCUUCCAUUAUUAGAUCUUGAUACUGGGCUACCCCUUUCUGAAAAGAACCCAAACACUUCCUCCACAUCUGCAAGAAAUGACAUGCCUAACAAGCUCCUUGCUUCUUCCAUCCCCAAAUCGCAACCCUCCAUUUCUCGAAUUCGAAAGCCAUCUUCUCUUUCUUCAUCUACUCCUCGGAAAUCUCUUCCCCGUCCAUUAUUGAAGUCUAGAGCCCUGCAUUCUCGUCUUUCUCGAUCUCGGUCAGGUGCUCUCUCCUCUACGCGGCGACGCCCUCCAGUUCGUGCAAACUCUUCUUUAAAAAUAGACUGUUCAUCUUUAGACGCGGAUCUCCUGUAGAGAACGGCUUUUGAUUCCCUUUGAUGGAUCAUUUCCUUUCUACAUCUCUUCGUUUUUGUUUGUGUUUUUAUCUAUACGAAGUCUGUAAAGUAUAAUCUAGAAUUUGCUGGUUUAUUGUUUCUUUCUUUUUAUCUUUUCGUAUUUAUUAUCAAUAACAAGCUUGCUCAAUAAUAAUUUGAAUAAUUAUUAUUUAGUUCUUGUGCAUUACCAUUCAACUACUCAAUUUGCCGUAAACUACUUUACUUCCGUGUUUCUAUUAAUAACAACUAUUUCAAUACACUAAAAAAACAUUUAUUCCGAAAGGCAA